UGUCAAUCGAGAGGAAAUACGCAAAUGUUCUUCGUCUUCCCCAAAAUGAGAAAAAUCUUAUUUUCUAAAACUUUUGCCAAAAUCAUAAAUUCCCUUACAACAAAUAGUUUAAGUAAAAUAGUGCAUUGAAGUGAAUUCUCUCAAGUUUUUAUAAUCACACUGGCGUGCAAUCUCGAAAUACACUUCUUUACGUGUUAGCACCAUGAACUGUUUGUGUUUGGUUUCUUGACCUGGGACAAAACAUCAUGUGUAAAUGUAAAUUCUAAGAUAAACACUGGAUAUUACCUAUAAAGUGUAAAUUUCGGCUCCUGCAAAGCAUCCAGAAAUGGAUUUGAAGUGUUUUAUUGGCAUGAGGCUGAUAGCUGCCUUUAUGUUAAUAAUAGUUAUUGUACAAGUCGAUUCAGCUGAAUCAGCAGUGGUAUCUCCACCAGCCACAACGAAAUGUGAAUUCUACAAUAGCAGUUGUGCAGCGAAUCCUGGCAGCUGUGACGAAGUCGCCGAAUGUGAAACGCCAGGUGAAAACAAAAGGAACCAUUGCUUUGUGCUAUGGUCGCUACAACCCGACGGAUCCAAGAAUGUUUCUCUAAAGGGUUGUUUCUUGAACGCUGAAGAUUGCUACGGCCAGAAAACUUGCGUAGAAACCAAUCACAGUCCGCGAAACAACAUAUUGUUUUGUUGCUGCGAAGGGGACAUGUGCAAUUCGAAUUUCACAUGGGAACCUGCCCCCACAGAACCUCCACCACCAAGUACUGCUAUUCCAACUAUAGAGGAAUCAAAUACGAUCUACUACAUUAUAAGUUCGUUAGUAGUUAUGUUUGUUUGUCUUACCACUGGUAUUGGAUUCUUCAUAUGGACUCGAAGGCAUAAGCAUUAUUUUAAUGGGUGGAGAGUAAGUGGCUACAAUCUUUUCAAGUUGCCAACAUCUGAUCCACAUCCAAUGCCGCCACCAUCCCCACAACUGGACUGCCGGCCUAUUCAACUAAUAGAAAUCAAGGCUAGAGGUCGUUUUGGUGCUGUAUGGAAAGCCAAGUUUAAGGCUGAGGAAAUUGCUGUUAAGAUAUUCCCUAUGCAAGACAAACAGUCAUGGCAAACUGAACAGGAAAUCUUUAAGCUACCCUACAUGGACCACCCCAAUAUUCUGCAGUAUAUUGGGGUAGAAAAGAAGAAUGAUAAUCUUCAAGCCGAACUUUGGUUGAUAACAGCUUACCAUGAGAAAGGCUCCCUUUGUGACUAUUUGAAAGCAAAUACUUUGACUUGGAAUGAACUUUGCCGAAUUGCUGAGAGUAUGGCCAGAGGUCUUAUGCAUCUACAUGAAGCCAUACCUGGAAAGGCACCAAACGAACUGGCCAAGCCCACCGUUGCCCAUCGCGAUUUUAAAAGCAAAAAUGUACUGCUUAAAAGUGACAUGACAGCUUGCAUUGCUGAUUUCGGACUUGCCAUUACAUUUGAAGCUGGAAAAUCUUGUGGAGAUACUCACGGACAAGUCGGCACAAGAAGAUACAUGGCUCCAGAAGUUUUAGAAGGUGCUAUAAACUUCACAUCAGACGCUUUUCUGAGAAUCGACAUGUACGCUUGUGGUCUUGUUUUAUGGGAAUUAGUUUCGAGAUGUAAAGCUCAAGAUGGACCGAUACCAGAAUAUCGAUUGCCAUUCGAAGAAGAAGUGGGUACACAUCCCACAUUAGAGGAUAUGCAAGAAAGUGUGGUACAAAACAAAGUUAGACCUGUGAUACAGGAACACUGGCGUCAUCAUGUCGGUAUAAUGGCCAUGUGCGACACAAUGGAAGAAUGCUGGGACCACGAUGCUGAAGCUAGACUGUCGGCGUCGUGUGUGCUGGAACGGGUGAUGGUACAGACCAGGUAUCAACCGCCAAUGAUCAAUUGGAGAAUCGAGAAUGAUUCUGACAUACUUCCGAGCGCACCACUGACAAAUGAUGGUAUAUAGAUACUUUGUUUGAUGAGAAUGGCUGAACAAAUCCGUACCUGUAUCAUUACAAUAGAGUACCUGCGCAAUAGCAGCUCGUGUCUUAGUUAUCACACUGGCCUACCUUCAAACAGUUACACAUACUCGUAAUAAGACAUACUUUUGUGCGUUUUUCAUUUUACAGCCAAUGUUUCUGCUUUCUGUACACAGAAUUACGGAUUAAGCACUAUAAUAGUGAUAUAUACUAAGGUGUCUUGGAAUGUAUUCAUGUGCCAGAAUGUUGUUGUAUCUAGGAAUUUUUGAACCUAUUUGGGAUGUUUUUUUUUUUUAUUAACACAUAUCUUAGUUCUGGUUUUGUGACGACAAUUUCGUUAAAUUGAAUGUGAUUAUUAAUUGUCACAAAACGAAAAUAUUUUCUUGUAUUAAGUCGAUAAAAGUAUUUUUAUUAAAUUUUUAAAUAACCUAAAUUAUAAGUGAAUUUUAUGUAGUAACAAAAAAUAUUUGUGUAAUGUAUUGUUUUAUAUGUAGGUAUCAUAUAAUCAACAUUAAUGGUUAUUGACAAAACAAAAAUAGUGUUAUUUUUUUAAAUAAAUUUUUGAAAAUACUUUAAAAAAACGUAGUUGCAAGCUUUCACUAUUCUACAGGGUGGGUCGUCCAGAAAACAAGCUUAAAAUAAGUGAUGGCUCUCUCUUAUAGAAUUAUUUAACUAAGAGGGUUAGAAUUUGCCAUUUGAAUGGCACACUGCUUACUGCAGUAAAUUUCAUUUUUUUUUUUUUGGAUUGAAUGGCAUUUGAUGACGGUUUUUGAAAAAACGUGUUACCUGUAGCAUUUUGAGAUAUCAUUCAAAGCAUCCCCAAAGCCACUGAAUAAUUUCUAAAAUUUCUACUUUACAUAGAAAAAAAAAAUCCCAGCGAUCUCUCCACUUUCUUCAAAGUGUUAAUAAAUUAAUAUUGAGUUAUGCAAUUUAGCAAAUCGAAUUUAACAGAAAAAUUUAAUUUUUCUGCUUCAAAUAUUGUUUUUGUUUGAAUUGUAAUCAAUUCUAUAAUAUCAAAUACACAUUUUUCAGUACCCUUUUAUCUGUGUAACCAAUAAAAUCGGGCGAUGUUGUGAAGAAGUGAUACACUUAAAAAAAAACAAGUUAUUUUGUGAGAGGUACGUGAUAGAAGGUAAAUUUAAUGCCGUCAUUAAUGUUUUAUUUUGAAAUUUUCUUUUUUUUACUAUUUUUAGAUAGAUUUUUGUUAUCCAGUGUCUCCUUUUGAUUGUGCCAACUAGGAAAUAUUUUCUAUAGCCAUAUUGUUGCCGUUUAACUAACUAGAUAAGUAAAAAAUCCUUAACAUUAAGGUUUAAUUGAUAUUUUUUUUAUAAAACUAUUAGAAUAAGAAAGCUUGAGUAUGAUUUGGUUUUCAGAUGUGAACUGUAGAAUUUGGAAAUGGUUUUUUUUUUUUUUUUGUAGAAAUCAUAUUUGAGUUAUUCUGAAUGUGUAGGUUAAUCACAGUUGUGAAAAAUAGGUACCGGGUGUCAAAUUAUAAAGUAUCGCCCCCUGUAACUUUUUUAUGUAUGAUCAAAAAUAAAAAAGUUUUAACUUGACACCCUGUGUACAUUGCUAAAAGGACAUAAAUUAAUUUUUUGUCAAUAUUUGUAUGAAAUAUUGCACAAUUCAUAUUUAAGCCUAUUUUUAUCAAUAUAUUUUAAUUUCACUAUUUAUUACUUUCGGUGAUCAAGGCGCAAUGAAUAAUUUAGUUAUUGUGUCUUAUUACUCAAUACUUAUUGGAUACUUUCUUAUUGAAUUUGCACAGAUAACUAUGGUACUUUUAAGUAAAUCACAAAUUCCUAUUGUGAACAAAGAAUCAAAUGACAGCAGAAAAGACUCAAUCUUUUUGUAUGCUUUAUUGUUAUUAUGAUUCACAUGCAGCUGAACUUUGGAAAAAUAAUUUCUUUCAAUUUUUAUGCUUAUUUUUCUUAGUAACUAUUGAACAUAUAAAACUCAAUUAAAAUUGUCUUAUUAACCCUUUUGUUGACAAUAAUCUUGAUUUGUCGGAGUUUCAUUGUUCAUCUAUUGCACAUGUAAUUUUUUAAAAACACAAUAACUAAAUUUGAUUGAUUUGAUUUGAAAUUGAUUUUAAAAUAAUCCCUCAGGACAACUACAAUACUAUUUCCAAACAUUUUUAUUUAUUUCUAUUUUCCUUAAAAUCUUCUACCUCCGCUAUUAUACAAAUACAAAUUAAUGAAAGCAUUAUUAUUAUUUUAAUUAAAAUUUAACAUAUCAAAGGGUUAUACAUUUGAAUGUAAUUUUGUUCGACUUAUAGUAAGUAGUACUUGAUCCCGGUGACAUAAAAAUCCUACAUAAUCGAAUAUGAGAGUAAUUGGUGAUGAAUUCAAUGAGAAAUGUUUUCAUAGAAAACGAAUUGGAGGCCUUAUUUUUAGUAAUUAUUUUUAAACACAUUGAUUUGAAAAUGUCGACUUGUCAAGCACCACUUUUUUUUUCCUGAAUAAUUUUCCAUCCGUUGUUAAACCAAAGCCUUCUGAACAAACAUGUAAUACCUACAGGUUGUAGGAUACUACAUCUGUGCUUCUGAGCCAUUUUAGUGAAACAAACUUUGGUUGAUUCAUCAAUAUUUAAAGAUCGGUACUUGAUAAUUCACUAAGGUAUGAUCACAAUCAACGGUAAUAUUACCACAUCUGCUAUCUUCAAAUUAAUUUGGCCUAUAAGAUGAGAUAAUAAUCAACCCCUCAACUUUUUCACUAGCAGACAGUGGUGAUUUAUACAUAAAAAUAAAUACUCAAUAAGAUUGUUAUAUACAUUAUAUUCUCUAUAAAUUCCAUGAGGAGUCGUUCUGUACUUACUGUAAUUACAUUAGCUUCUGGUGGGAUAACCAGGCCUUCAAUUCAUUUUUCAUGAAAAGAUUUUCUAUCAAAUUAGCCAAAAGUGCAAAUGAAAGGUUUUAUGUAACCGCCUCCUCGCCUAUUAGAAUUAGAAACAUGUACAGAAUUAUAAAAAAUAAUAAUUUACCCUUUUAUUUAUACAUAUCAGGACACGAUUUUGAAAUAUGUUAGAUUUACUUCAGUUGUGAAUGAUGGACCUACAAGCGCAUAUAACUUGCGAAUACAUAAUUUAUUUUUGACUUUUUUGGCGGUGUGUAGUCCAUUAUUUUUCUAUUUCAAAUUAUAUACAUUUUGUUUCAAUUUGUUAAGUUAUUGCAUAAGGUUUGAUCGUAAGCACAUAUUAAAAUUUAAUGUUUGAAUUUGUUUUAUAAUUCAAUAAUGGAAUUUAUGACAGCUAAUGUGUUUUUUGUCACAUUAAAUUUCAGUUUUGUUAUUAUUCGAGUUCUCUCUUGCUACAAAUACAUUUGGAGGAACAUAUUUUUUAGGAUUCAGACUUCUGCUCUUCGAUCAAUGAUUCAUUCAAAGAUAAAAACAAUUGACAUAGAAAUAGAUAACUUUUUAGAAGCUAUUACAUAUAAAAUUAUAAGAAAAUAUGUAUCUUAAAAUAGACUGAGGGCUAGGGACAGUUUCAUUUACAGUAUGUAUUUCAGCUAGGCAUCAUUUUAUAUGUAUUAAACCCUCUAUGUAACCCAGGAUGCAUAGAGAAUAAAUGAUUGAAGCAACAUUAUUCUUACAUUCACUGACAAUACAUCAGUCGGUGUGGAACAGACACAAGCUUUGCUGAAAUACCACAAAAACGUAGCUAGCUCUUAUACCCAAAUAACUAUAAUCUGUUAAACUUUGAUAUUUUUUUAAAAACACCAAUUAUGAUAAACCUUUUUAAUGCAAAUAUAUAAGAUUGCCCAGGUUGUUUUGAGUAUGGUAAAAUAUUCUUGCCAUAUUAUAUAUUUGACGCAUUUUUAUGCCAACGACUUCAUUGAUUUUUUGUCAGUUUUGUCUUUCAACUGCAAACUUGUUAAAUACGUACAAUGUCCAUAGAUAAUUUGGUCACACGUGAAAAAUUAUAUUUUUUAUAUAAAAGAAACUUUUUGUAUCUUCUCAAUCUAGAGUUUUUUAAUACGAUGUAGUACUUUUUUUAUUUGUAUAUAACUUGUAGUUGAAUACUUUUUAUUGUUGUAUUAAUAUUUUUAAAUAAAACUAUUACUUAAGUA